GAUCUGUGUGCCAAAAUUCUGGGUUGAUUCUCUGUGACCUUCAAAGCUCCCUGACGUCUCAUUCGUUAUCCUACAAUGGCAGAGGGCAUGGAAGUCGAUACCACACCGGUGGUGAGGGACAAGAAACGGUUUGAAGUCAAAAAGUGGAAUGCUGUGGCACUAUGGGCAUGGGACAUUGUAGUGGACAACUGUGCUAUCUGUAGAAACCACAUUAUGGAUCUUUGUAUCGAGUGUCAGGCCAACCAGGCGUCUGCCACCAGCGAAGAGUGCACAGUGGCUUGGGGUGUGUGCAAUCAUGCCUUCCACUUCCACUGCAUCUCUAGGUGGCUCAAGACCAGACAAGUGUGUCCCCUUGACAACAGGGAGUGGGAGUUCCACAAGUAUGGCCGCUGAUCGCUGGGUGAUGAAAUUGUCUCCUCUCAGUGCUUCAAAUGGACAAACAUUGACAUACAAUCCUUUGUCAUGUUGUGUAUUAUUAAAAAUAUUCUUAUCUCCAGUAUAAAUUAAUAAUUAUGUUGGCAAUGA